AUUGAAAUAAUAUUUAGUUAGUUGAAUACUUCGAAAUGAUGAUAGGAAAUUCAUUCCAACCUAAUUCUUCUGAAAUGUUGAAGAAAUCAUCGUCAAACUCAUCAUUUUCUCUUCCAAUAUUUUGACCCCUCUCUCUUUCUCACCAUUGCUAAUUUAUUUUUUUAAUAUGAAAAUUAAUUCGGUGACAAUUACAAAUAUAAGGUUACUUUAUUAUCUAUUCUUUUCCCCAUGCCCAACCACAGCCUAGCCAAAGCUCCAACCUCCCAGUGGCCGGGGGAUUCCCACCAUCCAGGUUUUCUGCUUAAUUGAAUACCAUGGAUUAUAUGGACAUCGAUCACAUCAUGGAUGUUCCUGACACCCCUGAUAGGCUAGCUGCGCAGAAUAGUAGUGGUAGAGGUUAUAUAAAAAAAGAGAGUAAUUCAUCUGUGGCUGAUCAUUUAGAAAAUAGGAAUUUUUUUGAUGGAGGAGUUACAGAUCGGCUAAGGGACGAUAGUAAAGUGGUUAUUGAUAAUGGGAGCAGAAGGCGGCCCUUUUGUCCUCCAAGAAGUCUCAAUAUUUCUGACAACUCUGGGAACCACUGUAAUGCCACAAUUUCUACAUUAGGAAAUUCAUCUUCUAAUAAUGGCCUUUUAUUUAGGAGAAGGGUGGCAGAAAAGACUGCAAAAAAUGAGACCAAAGAUCAUGUUCAUUUUCAACAAACUGAGAGAGGGAAAGCUGUGCGUACUUCUCAUUCAUCUGCUUACCGGGACGGUGGUGUUGUAGACUUGGCAGAACAGAAUGGGCAUGCCAAGGAAUUUGAAAAGGCUUUUCCAGGUGGAGCAUUGGGAAAUAGUCAAGCUGCUGAAUCCAAUGGAUCAACUUCAGCCCAUGGCUUUUCUUCUUUUCAUACCCUAGCAAAUUCUUUAAUGAAAUCCAGCAAAGCCUGUAAAGGAAAAGAAAAAUUACAUGUGCGUGAAGUGGGUUCAAAUUUUGAUUCUGGCAAAGGAAGUGGUAUUGUUGGUGAUUCUCAACCUAAACUAGGAAAGAAUGCAUCUGCGUCUGUUCACUCUAUUAUUAUUACCCCACCUAGUGUCAGUAGGCAAAAAAGAUUGGUGCGGAAUGGAUGUAUAUCUCCACAUAAUAUAGCAAAGGUCAACAAGUUAUCUGGGAAGCAGGGCAGUGGCCCUGUAGAUGAUGGACGGAGUAAUACAGAGACUGUGGUGUCUAAUGUUCCACGAAAUCCAAUUGAUAUUAGGGAUAUAUUUGCUGAAGACAACAAUUCUCAAAGUGCCAAGGGAAAAGGGGUCAUGAAUCAACUUUCUUCACUGAACGAGCCUGAUGCAAAAAACAAACAUUCGUCUAGCAGGUACUUCAUUUAUGGUUUUUUUAAAAUAAAUUCUUUUAACAACUAG